CUUUCUUUUCCUUCACAAUUCGAAAAUUCAAACUUCCUACGCUACCACCACCAAGAUUAUCACAUAAUAGAUAUCUUUAUCAUAUUCAUAACUCAUAAUAAUCUUAUAACAAUGGAUACGUAUUUACAAGCUGGAUUUCUUCGGAUAGUUCCUUUUAUCACUGCAUUUACUUCACGUGCCAACAAUCACGCGUCUCAAUCUCACGUGCUAUCCAGAUUCUCCUUUGGAUUUCGAAAAUCUCCGAACUCUCGAGUCAUCGGUGAUGCGGUUAUGGCGAAGAAUAUGGUUGUUGCAGAGACGGAAGGUGAGGGGAAGAAUGCGAACUGGAUUUUCAAGGUUUUUGAUCUCAAUUCUGUUUGGAGAGGGGGACGAGAGAGUGGCGAUGAUGAUGAUGAUGAUGAUGAUGAUGAUGAUGAAGAGUGUGAUGUUUGUAGUGUUGGUGAAGAUGAAGAUGAAGAAGAGGUUUGGUUUGAUAGAGAGUCGUUUUCGAGAAUGCUUCGUAGGGUAACCCUAGUUGAAGCGAGAAUGUAUGCGCACUUGUGUCACUUGGGGAAUUUCGCAUACUCUAUUCCCAAUAUCAAGUCAGGGAACCUCUUGAAAAGAUGUGGUCUGCGUUUUGUAACUUCGUCAAUAGAAAAAAGGGAAAUGGCUGCAGCAGCUGAAAAAAAUCUGGCAUUUGCUGCAAUUCAGAAACAGACUAGUGAAAAAGACGCCGGAGAAAAAAAUGAGGAAAAUAAUGAUGAGUCGAUGAUAAAUGCAUCUGCUGUUUGUGAGAUUUCAGUGGUUGAAGGUUUACCUGAAGCCAGCAGCGGGAGCGUUGGUACUGUGGACGUGAUAAACACAGAUGCUGGUUUGAUGGCAACCACUGAUUCAAUGACAGCAGUUAUUGUUGCAGAUGAGGAUGUAAAACAAGCUUUUGCCGAUGAUGUGAAUUCAACAAGUUCUACACCAUGUGAAUGGUACAUAUGUGACGAUGACCAGAGUUCUACAAGAUAUUUUGUCAUUCAGGGUUCAGAAUCAUUUGAGUCAUGGCAGGCAAACCUACUAUUUGAACCAGUUCAAUUCGAGGGGUUUGAUGUCCUUGUCCAUAGAGGUAUAUAUGAGGCUGCAAAAGUGACAUAUCAGCAGAUGUUACCUGAGGUUCAUGCGCACCUAAACUCUCAAGGCUCUCGCGCAACAUUCCGUUUCACUGGCCAUUCUCUUGGGGGAAGCUUGGCAUUACUUGUAAAUCUUAUGCUGUUGAUAAGGAAGGAAGUUCCGAUUUCUUCUUUGCUCCCCGUGGUGACGUUUGGUUCUCCAUUCAUCAUGUGUGGAGGUGAUCGUCUGCUCGAAAAGCUAGGAUUUCCGCGGAGUCAUGUUCAAGCAAUUGCUAUGAACAGAGACAUUGUACCGCGGGCGUUUUCUUGCAAGUACCCUAACCAUGUCACAGAGCUACUAAAGGCCGUUAAUGCGAGCUUCCGUUGUCAUCCUUGUCUUAAUAACCAAAAGCUACUAUAUGCACCAAUUGGUGAACUAGUGAUUCUACAGCCAGACGAUAAUGUUUCACCGAGCCAUGAUCUCCUGCCGUCAGGUAGUGGUCUAUAUCUUUUGAGUGGCCCUCUCUCAGAAUCCAAUGACACGGAAAACCAGAUCAGAGCAGCUCAAUUAUUCUUCUUGAACUCCCCGCAUCCACUCGAGAUAUUAAGUGACCGAUCCGCCUAUGGUUCUGGAGGAACCAUACAAAGGGAUCAUGACAUGAGUUCAUACUUAAAAUCAAUUAGAAACGUGAUUCGUCAAGAACUUAGCCAAAUCCGCACGGCAACAAGGAGAGAACUAAGACGAAAGGUGCGCUGGCCUCUCGUGACUCGACGUGUAAGCGAUGCAGACAUUGUUGGUGGGCGGUCUAUCGCAAGGGUCCGCAUAAUUCAAGACCAGCCUCCUUUUUCUAGUAUUUUCCAGAAACGUAGAGAGUCCUUGAAAAGGUUUAGUAGGCUUGUUGCAUCUCAACAUAUGCAACUAUUUGUAAUGUUCUUGUUUCCGGCACGGUUGUUACUCUUGGAAACAUGUAACUUGACUAGCUUAAGUUAAAAAGUUGAUGACAGUUGUAGAGGGUAAAAUUGCACAUGGUUGGUAAUGGUAGGAAUACAGUUAGAUGAUUCUUUACUCACUGCUUUCAAAAUUGAAAAUAACGUGUGUUUUUCACGGUUAGUGAUUGUAUAGAAACUAUUGCUCAAAUAUUAACAAACACAAUUUAGCUUGUUUGUCCAA